CAUUUAACACCGUCAAUCAACUUUUCUCAUUCUGAAGAAACCAAUAAAGUAUUCUUCCUCUGUCAAUCUUGAAUCUCCUUUUUCCUUUUUUCUUUUCUUUUUGAAAUUUGAAUAAUUUUUUCCACAACUCCACCCACAAGAUUUUACUCUAAUUUUCUCAUCCAACGGUUAAUAUUCAUCCUUCUCGUAAUUUCAGGCUUUUAUAAACCCCCGCUUAUUUUUUUCUCUCUCUAUAACUAAAACCCUCAUUUCUUCCAGAAAACUCACUCUUUUUCUCCUUUGAAAUCUCAAAUCUUCUUUUUCAAGCUUUAAUGGCGGAAAAUGGUGAGAAUUUGCCUCCGCAUACUGAAGGAGAGCCAUCGUUGAUGGAUAAGAUUGCUGAAAAACUUCACUUCCAUGACAGUAACGAUCAAGAGAAAGAGACAGAAAAGGAAAAGGAGGAAGUGAAGGAGAAGCAUGAAGAUUCUUCAUCAUCUUCUUCUUCAUCAGAUUCUGAAUCUGAGAAACCUAAAUCGAAAUCGUCUGCUUCUGCAGCUGCUGCUUCUGUUCAAGCUAAGAUCUACCGGCUCUUUGGCCGUGAGAAACCUGUUCAUCAAGUUCUCGGUGGUGGAAAACCUGCUGAUGUAUUUUUAUGGAGGAACAAGAAGAUCUCAGCAAGUGUACUAGGAACGGCAACUGCGAUCUGGAUUUUGUUUGAGUUGUUGGAGUAUCAUCUACUUACUCUUGUUUGCCACAUUAUGAUUUUCUCACUUGCAGUCUUGUUCUUAUGGGCAAAUGCUACCACCUUCAUUAACAAGUCUCCUCCGCAUAUUCCUGAGGUUAGUUUGCCAGAGAAGCCAAUCAGAGAGAUUGUUGGUGCUUUGAGUUUUGAAGUGAACAGAGGACUUGCGUUAUUGCAUGAUGUUGCUACUGGAAAAGAUUUGAAGAAGUUCCUUGCUGUCAUUGCUGGUUUGUGGGUAUUGUCAAUUUUAGGCAAGAGCUGUGAUUUCUUGACCCUCUUUUACAUAAACUUCAUAUUGUUGCACACCGUCCCUGUUCUGUAUGAGAAGUAUGAGGACAAGGUCGAUGCCUUUGCAGAGAAGGCUAUUGCCGAGGCCAAGAAGCAUUAUGGUGUGGUGAAUGAGAAGUACAUUAGUAAGAUUCCAAGAGGACCCUUGAAGAACAAGAAGGCGGAUUAGAGAUGUUAAGCAAACCUUCUUCCACAAGAGUUGGGAUACUUAAUGAUUGAACUCAAAGGGUAUUCAUUAUACUACUCUUUGUUGACAUUUACAAUUUGGCAAGUUGCAUUCGACUUCUAGGGCCUAAAAAGUGGUAUUGCUGGUUUUAGUUUUGGGAAUUACCAGUUUUUGUAAGCUUUUGUGGGCUUUUCUUUGUUCUUGAUUGUUGACAGUUUGGUUUUACAAGAUAAACUUAAGAACAUUAGGGAGACUAAUCAUGUUUAUUUAUCAAAUUAUCACCAUGAUUCUCUCGACAUUUAUAAGUUAAUAGAGUUUGUUAGAGUUCAGUUUUUAAUAUAUUGGUGGCAGCAAUGAUCUGUUAUCCUUGUGCUAUGCAAA